AUGCUGUCGGCCGGUGCCCGGGCGUUCUCCGCCCUGACUCGUCCCCGGUUCACUACCGCCUCCACCACUACCCUCAGAUCCCCCGCUGCGCUCCGCAGGUUACUGUCCGCCCUCGCCGUCCUCGAGCAAAGGGACGGCAAGCUCAACCAGGGAUCCCUCAGCGCCGUCACCGCGGCCGCGAAGCUCGGUGGUCCCAUCCAUGCUUUCAUCGCCGGUAGCAAUGUGAAGGCCGUUGCCGAGGAGGCGGCCAAGGUUGAGGGUGUCGAGAAGAUCAUUGCCGUUGAGAACGGCGCCUACGACAAGGGCCUCCCCGAGAACUACGCUCCUCUCUUGGUUGAGAACAUCAAGAAGGGCGGCUACACCCACAUCCUCGCCAGCGCGACCGCUUUCGGCAAGAACCUGAUGCCCCGCGUCUCGGCCCUCCUCGACAGCCAGCAGAUCUCCGAUAUCACUGCCAUCGAGUCCGAGAACACCUUUGUGCGCCCCAUCUACGCCGGUAACGCCAUUGCGACCGUCGAGUCCACGGACGCCAUCAAGAUCAUCACUGUCCGCGGUACCGCUUUCGCCCCUGCCGCCGUUGGCUCCGGUUCCGCUACCGUCGAGGAUGGUGUCGACCCUAAGGCUGAGAGCACCACCGAGUGGGUUUCUGAGGACCUUGCCAAGUCGGACCGCCCCGAUCUCUCGACCGCCGAGAAGGUUGUCUCCGGUGGCCGUGGUCUCAAGUCCAAGGAGGAGUUCGACAAGAUCAUGCUCCCCCUUGCUGACUCUCUGGGUGCUGCCGUUGGUGCUUCCCGUGCGGCUGUCGAUAGCGGUUAUGCCGACAACAGCUUGCAGGUCGGCCAGACUGGCAAGGUCGUCGCUCCCCAGCUCUACCUCGCUGUUGGUAUCUCUGGUGCCAUCCAGCACUUGGCGGGUAUGAAGGACAGCAAGGUCAUUGCUGCCAUCAACAAGGACCCUGAGGCCCCCAUCUUCCAGGUGGCGGACGUUGGCUUGGUUGGUGAUCUGUUCGAGAAGGUGCCUGAGCUUACCAAGAAGCUCAAGAGCGCGUAA